AUUCCUGCUCGCUCUCUCACUCUCACUCUCCCUUCUUCUUCUCCACCCACUCUAGCUCAGCUGGAUCUCAGUCGCAUUCCCACUCCCCCUCCCCCCUCCUCUCCUCCCCCUCGCUCAUCAGAUCUCCUCACACGCCCUGCAAUCCGCCUCCAGCCCAAAACCCAGAAGCUUUCAGCUCAAGCUCCUCGCCUCCCCUUUUGACCGGUGGGCAGCCGCGGGAGCCCGAAAAUCCAAGAAAAGCAGCGGGUCAAGAAAGAGGGAAAGCAAGCUAGGAGGAGGGCGAUGAUGAUGGCGAUAAGUCGCCCCAUGAUUCGCCGCAUCAUUCCGUCGCCCGCGCGCCUCUGCUAAAAGGGCCUCGCCGUCCGUGCUCGCUCCAGUGAGCGGUGGAAGGGCGCGCGGUUGCUUCGCGCAGACGGUCGGUCGCCGCCGCAGCAAUGCCGCAGUACCAGGAGCUGCCCUGCGGCGGACAGGUGCUCGACAUCGACGCCGCGCUCAAGGACGGCAUCCUGGGGUGCGGCCCGGAGCCCGGGGACGGGGCGCUGGGCGACGGGGGGAAGCAGCCGGUGGAGCUGAGGAAGAUGAUGGACGAGCUGGAUGCCGCUGGGGAUGGCGGCGGGGACGAGGUCGUGCCGGCGGUCUUCAUCUGCCCGAUCUCCCUGGAGCCCAUGGUGGAUCCGGUCACGCUCUGCACCGGCCAGACGUACGAGCGCGCCAACAUCUCCCGCUGGCUGGCGCUGGGCCACCGGACCUGCCCGACCACGAUGCAGGAGCUCUGGGACGACGCGCUCACCCCCAACGCCACGCUCCGCCAGCUCAUCGCCGCCUGGUUCUCCCGCCGGUACACCCGCUUCAAGAAGCGCUCGGCCGACUACCACGGCCGCGCCGCGGACCUUGUCCACGGCCUCCGCGGCACGGCCGUCCCGAGGAGGCAGCCCCUCAAGGGCCAGGCCCGCGUCGCCGCGCUCCGGGAGUUGCGCUCGCUCGCCUGCGCCCACCAGUCCGUGACCAAGGCCAUAGCGGAGGCCUGCGGCGUGUCGUUGCUGACCUCGCUUCUUGGCCCCUUCACGUCUCAUUCCGUGGGGUCCGAGGCGGUGGCCAUUCUUGUCAGCGGUGUGCCGCUCGACGCCGACGCGAAGGCGGCGCUGAUGCAGCCGGCAAAGGUGUCCCUCGUGGUGGACAUGCUCAACGAGGGCGCCGUCGACACCAAGAUCAACUGCGUCCGCCUCAUCCGCAUCCUCAUGGAGGAGAAAGGCUUCCGGCCGGAGACGGUGGCGAGCCUGAGCCUCUUGGCCGGCUCCAUGCGCCUCGUCCGGGACAAGCGGCACCAGGACGGCGUGGCCGCCGGGCUAGAGCUGCUCAAUUCCAUCUGCGCCGUGCACAGGCCGGCCAGGAGCAUGAUUGUCAGCAUUGGUGCGGUGCAGCAGCUGGUGGAGCUGCUGCCGGAGCUGGCGACGGAGUGCGUGGAGCCAGCCCUGGACAUCCUGGACGCGCUCGCCUCGGUCCCCGAAGGCAGGACGGCUCUCAAGGACUGCCCGAGGACGAUACCCAACGCCGUCCGAUUGCUGAUGAGGGUGUCCGAGGCCUGCACGCAGCGCGCCCUGUCGAUGCUGUGGGUGGUGUGCAGGAUGGUGCCCGAGGAGUCCGCGCCCGCCGCCCUGGACGUCGGGCUGGCCGCCAAGCUUCUGCUGGUGAUCCAAAGCGGGUGCGGGCCGGAGCUGAAGCAGCAAGCCUCGGAGCUGCUCAAGCUUUGCACCGUGCAUUGCACGUCCACCGUCUUCCUCGCGAAAUGCAAGCUCACCAAGACAAUUCAGUGAGAAGACACCGGAACAUAGUCCUUCUGGUUGUGAGUUGAGUCGAUGAUGCAGUUCCCAUUGGUCAUCCUCGCGUAAUCUGGACCGGGGAAUGGACGAGAGAAGCAAAUUGGUGCUGGAUGAAGACCUGUGUGUACAUAAACUCAGCAAUUGGCCGAAUUUGCGGUGUCAUUUGAAGACAUGGGAGUGGAUGGAUGCAUCGCCCUGCCCAUCGACAGGAAGCUUGGAUCGAGCAGCAAUGCAGCAGCAUAAGCACCGCCGGAGUCGGUGGCCGGAUGUAAAUGCAAAUUGGUGUGAAUUUGGUCAGCUCAAUAAGCACUCAAGGGCUGUUGUGGUAAGUACAGCCAGUUUUGCUAUCAGUAGCUGAGAAUUCAGCAAAGGCCUGCAAUUUUAGAUUUUAGAUUUUUGGCAAUGUGGGAGGCUGUCAGUGCUGUAGUUCUUCCUUUUCUUUCUUCUCCUGGGUUUCGGUGUAAUUGGUGAUAUAAAUUGGGUAGAAAUGUACACAGUACUGCUGCUUCACAGUUCAGAGCUCGAGUGCACAUUGCCAUAGCUAGGGAAAAGUUUUGAGUUCUUCCUGCAUCUUGGGUCGUUUGAUUCUCCAGUCAAAUUUGGGAAAGUGUACACUCUGCCUAUAGCUUGUACCACUACUGGAUAGCUUGAGGAAGCGUCACUGGUGUUGAAAUUGGAACAGUUGAAAGAUCUGGUUCCGUGUC